AUGGCGGCUGACCAGCACCUCCUCGAAUAUUUCACUGCUAUGGAUAACCAAGGGAACGUCGUCGUCAAAGAGCCGCCGAAGUUCGAUCUUGAUCUAUAUAUCUCCAACUACAAAGGUAGAACCCGUUUCGAUAGACUACUACUGAUCGGCCAAUCUUCCGUUCCUCUAUGUGUAGAUGCCCUGAAGGCCGCUAUAGCCGAAGCGAAGGGUGGAGUGGACAUUCAGCGAUACCGCGAUGCUUGGGAGUGUAUUCGAAUUGCUGCUCCUAACGAGCCCGAGGCCAAAUGGGAUGACCACUGGGUAUUAUCGACUGAAAAGGCGAAUAAAUCGAAGACCCAACGACUUGAGCAAGAGUUGAAGGGUUAUAAGAACAACUUGAUCAAGGAAAGCAUAAGGAUCGGCCAUCGCGAUCUUGGUGAACAUCUAGAGGCAAUUGGGGAUCUUAGUGCCGCCUCUGAUACGUACUAUAAGAUGCGACCUGAUGCUAGCACUCAUUCUCAUAUACAAGACAUAAGCAAGCACGUUAUGGGUGUGAUGAUACAGCGACGGGAGUGGGCAUCUAUAUUGUCCAGUAUCAACAAAACGGCAGGGAUUAACGUGACCAACGAGGAGAUGGCUGCGGACCAACCUUACUACAAGGUCGUUGCUGGUCUGGCACAACUCGGCUCUACCAAGUACUACGAGGCUGCCAAAUGCUUCCUUGAGGUUGGAGAACCAGCCCUCUUCCAUCGAUACAAUAACAUUGCCACCCCCAAUGAUGUCGCCACUUACGGUGGACUUCUCGCCCUUGCUUCGAUGGAUCGAUCCAAGUUACAGUCUCAAGUCUUGGACAACUCUGGCUUCCGCAUGUACUUAGAACUGGAGCCUCAUAUCCGCAAGGCUAUCUCUAUGUUCAUCAGCGGAAGAUACGCGCCAUGCUUGGCAAUCCUCGAAUCUUAUCGGAAUGACUACCUUCUCGACAUUCAUCUUCAGAAGCAUGUUUCCGUGCUGUACUCGCAAAUCCGUGACAAGUGUAUUGUCCAGUACGUUUACCCAUUUUCGUGCGUCACUCUUGACAAUAUGAACGCGAUAUUCGCCAAGCCCGGAGAGUCUAUUGAGAAAGAGCUUAUCGACAUGAUUAAACGCGGCAUUUUAAAUGCUCGAAUUAACACCAUCGACAAGCUUCUUAGCACUGUCUCUUCCAACGCCCGGGUUGAUAUGCAACGGGAAGCUCUCCAGAGCAUCAAGCUUUACGAACAAGAAGUCAUAGAACGACUUCGACGAAUGGGCAUCACAGCAGCCAAUCUCGAUGUCAAAGGUCUUCAAAAAGGAGGCGGUGGGGGAGCGGGUAACCUCCCUGGCGUGGGCGAGAUCUGGGCGGACGAUGCUAGAAGACCACUGAACUCGGCCGAUGCGAUGGCUUAG